GUUGAUUAUUAAAUUACAAAUAAAAAUCUUAAAUAUACUCACAAAUGAAAUUUAAAUAAAUUAAUACAAGGAAAAAUGUACUUAUUUAUACAACAAACAUAAAUAUUAUUCAUAGAUUUAUUAUUGCUGUUUGACCAUUGUCAAUUCGCCGCAAAUUCCAUUACACGCAUGGAGAUUACCAAAUUUUUUACUUGUUUAUAAUUUAAAUUAAAAAAAUGUUAAAAUCACUAUUCCGCUUUGCUCCUGCUCGUGGUGCACUGCGUCAACAUUUCCAGCUAACACAAUGUACAAAUCACGGCCUGCUGUCAACGAAAACUUCCUGCAUUUCAAGCACAUCGCGAAGCUGUGCAAAAGUAGCGGCAGACGAAAACUCCGAAAGUGAGCCAAAAACCACCAAGAGUCAUUAUAAUCCAUUCACGCAAACCCAACCAGCAUUUCAAAAUGGUUGCAACGCAAAGGUUGACCCGCCCGCUAAUGCUGAGGAACGCGAAAAACUGCUUAAAGUCUUACAACUCGAAGUAGACAUUGCACAUCAGGAGGGACGACGUGUGCCGGCUUUAGAGUCUAUCACAGAUGAGAAUUGGGCACACAUACUUACGCUGCCGUCAAAGUCGGCACGCUACAAGUAUUACGGUUACUUGUGGCAAGUAGAAGCGAAAAAACAAGCAAAGGAACGUAAAAAGGAAGAACGUGCUGUGCAAGUGCUGGAACGCAAGGAGGAAAUGCGUAAAGAACGUGAGGAGAAUGAACACAUCAUAUAUGGCUUGGGACACACAUCACUCUUCUUACGUAUCUACGAUUCGACGAUAAAUAAUUUUCAGAAUAACAGGUUGAUACGCGCCAUGCAGUUCUCGCCUAAAAUUGUGCUAGACUGUUCGUACGACCGCCAUAUGACACGACGUGAGGCACUGAACGCAGCUAAGCAGUUGAUGUUAUGCUUUGCUGAGAAUCGCGCGCAUGAUGAUCCCUUCGAUUUGCACUACUGCAAUGUAAAUAUGCAGAGCAUAUGCACACAAGCACUCAAUCGUUACAUACCCACUAUGUUCAACACGGAAUUCCCUAUGAACGUGCAUGAGCAAUGUUUUACCGAGUUGUUUCCAAAAGAAAAUCUAGUUUAUUUGACGCCACAUUGCCGCACAGAUCUGGAAGUGUACAACCCUGACAAUGUGUACAUUGUGGGCGCAAUGGUGGACACGGUUAAUAAUGAACCCUUAUCGCUUGCCAAAGCGAAGCGUUUGGGCUUGCGCAUGGCACGUCUACCGCUCGAUCGCUACCUGCAGUGGGGCGCAGGUUCUGGCAAGUCACUAACACUUAAUCAAAUGGUCAAUAUAUUAUUGGACCUGAAAACUACUAAUGAUUGGUCGCAAGCACUCAAACAUGUGCCACGCCGCAAAUUAGUCGAUGCAACAGAGGAGGCGCUGCAACAAAAGCGUGUGCUGGAGAAACGCGCCAGACAGCUGAAUUUCUCUGUAGAUGAUAUCCUAAAUGAUAGAGAAAAUAAGCAAAAGCACAAAGUUAGAUCAUACAUGAAAGAUUCGCAAUUCAAUUUGGAAACUUGGGGCACCAAAAAGAAAAAUCAUAAUACCAACUAAUUAAAAUUAAAUUUUGUAAGUUUUUAGUUUAGUAAAAUAUACAUAUUUAAUUGAAUGAAAAAUAUUGGUUAUAAAAUUUAUAGAAAA